UAUUCUAAAUUCAAUAUGGAUUGGUUAUCUCUUUGCGUCUGCGGCAGAAAGAGCAAUUUCGACAAUGAGAAGACUCAGAAAGACGAGAAAGGCAAAAAGAGUAAACGCAAAAAAUCCAAGAAGCAAUCCAAGCAGAACAAAUCUCACAAAACGUCGUUGUCCUUUGUCGACGAGUCCUUGCGCAAAUUACAAGAUGAGCAAGUUGAGAAUGAAAUUAUAAAAAAAGAAUGGACGAAUGGAAAUGUUAUUAAUUGCUUCGACGAUUGUGCGAAAAAUCACACCGACGUGAAUGAUCCAAUCGAUUUGACAAAAAUUAACGAUUCGCCGAAUAAUCACUGGUCUUAUCAUCAAAUCAAUGACAAUCAUGACAACUCUGAAUUUCAUAAAGAAUCUUCAGAAAGGAACGUGAACGAAUUCGAUCUGCAGACACAUGACAAUGAUUUCGAGUAUGAUGACAAUGUGCUAUUGCAUUCAAGAUGUGCAUCGAAUACAAUCGACGAAGAUGAUAAGCAGGUCAAGUGUAUCUCAGACGAAAAAGAGCAUGAUGAAGAAGCGGAUUUGAACGAGUCUGUCUCGAGAUCGAUGACAUCCGGAGAACCCGAAGACUGGAUAUCGGAAUUCGAGGAGAAACAGGAUGUACUCGCAGAACCGGGUUUCGAUAGAAAAAUAAAGGAAAGAACAUUGUCCAGAAUCAACUUUUCUAGUAAAGAGCAAGCGAAGUCGGAAACGAGAAAUUCGUCAAAGAGAGAAUCGAGAAACAUUCUUCCGCCGAUCAAAAGGAAAUCCUGCACCGAAUCACGCAUAGAUAAUGAGGUACUUCAAGGAACCUGCGGAGAGAUGAAUAAAUUUGGCUUUAAGAGGAGCGCGGCGUUUUGCGAGCAAAGCAAUAUUCGGCGAAAAUUAAACUCGUGUAGCUUCGAAAUUGGAUCGUUGGAGAAUGAGGAGCGAAAUUCAAAGACUAGGAUUCGGGCUGACGGAUCCAUGAUACCUAGACUUACAUCUUCCAUGCAGCAAGGAAUGAAUUUGAUCAAGAGCGGGAGCGAUAAGACGGAAGAUUUGCAAAACGGUCGCGUUCACUUAGCAGUCGUCUCCGGUGUCAAUUUAGAGCAGCGUACUGUAACUGUAGAAUGGUUCGAGAGAGGAGAAACCAAAGGCAAAGAGGUGGAAAUCGAUGCGAUUCUCGCCUUGAAUCGCGAUUUGAACCAAAAGAUGGGACCACCACCGCCACAGGUGAUGAACAAUCACAUGUUGGCGUCCUCGAAGGCAAGGGUACGUGAGCCGGACUCCUCGGCUGAAGAGGACGAGGGGGUCGACGAGUCGGAGAACCAAGAGGAGGGCUCCCUCGGACGUCAUGGCGGUCACACCGCAAGAAACGGCCUCGCCUCCGCAACGCUUCCUCACUCCACCAGACCAUCUAUUCCGGUGAAAGCGACUUCGAAUAAACAAUUAUCACGACAAACGGGACGUCCGACAAACAUAAUGUCAUCGACUACAUCAGUGAACGGUCAUGGAGACUCGGUUUCCGGACUCACGGGUCGUCGGGAGCUCGAAAACAUACCCCCGACACCGACGGCAACAGUCGCACAACACAAUCUGCCGACUCCAGCGCAAAAUAAACAGCAGAAACAAGCGCAACAGCAGCAGCAGCAGCAGCAACAACAACAGCAAAUGCAGCAGCAGCAACAAACCCAGGUAGAAAACGGCCGUGGUAGGCGAUCCAACGUCGUCAAGGAGGUUGAGAGACUGAAGAAGAACAGAGAGGAAAGGAGACAACGACAGGCAGAGUUAAAAGAAGCAAUGAUGAAUUUGGAUCCAGGCAAUCCAUAUUGGGAAUUUCUUGCCAUGAUAAGAGAAUACCAAAACGGCAUAGAGUUCAGGCCAUUGCGAGACACUGACACCGUGGAGGAUCAUCAGAUCACUGUGUGUGUGCGAAAACGUCCGCUUAAUAAGAAGGAGCAUGCGCGCAAGGAGAUCGACGUGAUCAGUGUGCCUAGCAAGGAUCAGAUGGUGGUGCACGAGCCCAAAUCCAAGGUCGACCUUACCAAGUAUCUCGAGAAUCAGAUCUUCAGAUUCGAUUACGCGUUUGACGAGACGUGUAACAACGAGAUAGUCUACAAAUACACAGCCAAGCCGCUGGUGCAGACAAUCUUCGAAGGCGGCAUGGCCACGUGCUUCGCAUAUGGGCAAACUGGUAGCGGCAAGACUCAUACUAUGGGCGGCGAUUUCAACGGCAAAACGCAAGAUUGCAAGAAAGGCAUCUAUGCUAUGGUUGCCAAAGACGUAUUCAAGUGUUUGAAAUUAGCAAAAUAUCGGCCCUUGAAUCUGGUUAUUUCCGCUAGCUUCUUUGAGAUUUACUCCGGCAAGGUAUUUGAUCUUUUGGCGGAUAAAGAAAAGCUGAGAGUUUUGGAAGACGGCAAACAACAGGUGCAAAUAGUGGGAUUAACAGAAAAAGUCGUGGAAAAUUGCGAUGAGGUAUUAAAGUUAAUACAACACGGAAAUAGCGCCAGAACGAGCGGUCAAACGAGUGCUAAUUCCAACUCUUCGAGAUCGCACGCAGUAUUCCAAAUAAUAGCGCGUAUGCCGGGUACACACAAGGUACACGGAAAGUUUUCGCUUAUCGAUCUUGCUGGUAAUGAAAGAGGUGCUGACACGUCGUCCGCUAAUAGGCAAACUCGAAUGGAAGGUGCUGAGAUCAAUAAAUCUUUAUUAGCGUUAAAAGAAUGCAUACGCGCGUUAAGCCGUAAGGGUACACAUUUGCCUUUUAGAGCAAGCAAGCUGACUCAAGUAUUAAGGGAUAGUUUCAUCGGUGAAAAAUCAAAAACAUGCAUGAUAGCGAUGAUUAGUCCUGGAAUGAGUUCCUGCGAACAUUCGCUAAAUACAUUAAGAUAUGCCGAUCGAGUAAAGGAAUUGGCGGCGACCGAUCCUACAGAAGUAAAAGCCUCACCGACAGAUGAUGAUCGAACUAUGAAGAUCGAGGAACAAGGAAACAACAGCGUACUAUCGGAUAGCGAUCUAGCGCAGCUUCGAUCUCUCAAUGAAGGUGAACUGUCGCAAGAUCUGUACACUUUUCACGAGGCAGUAUCUGCUCUGCAGAUGCUCGAAGAAGAGGUGUUAGAUACGCACAAAGUGAUCAUGGAUAAUACAACUAAAUUCCUUAAUGACGCGCACAGUGUAUUCAGCGCAACUCACGAAGUGGAUUAUGAUCAAGAAGAUUUGAGGCGGAAAAGAACAAAGUUUGAGUCACCCUACCUGAGGAGUUUCUCGUUGCGUAGACGUCUUAUAGAGAGAAAACUAUUUUCCGACGCAUAUGUCCAAAAAUGGGAGCAGUUGCUAAUACAGCAACGUGACAUCCUCAAUGCCGCGCUCGAUCAAGUCAGCCAAUUUCGCGGGCAGCUCUUACAGGAGGAACAAAUCAGUCAGAAGAUGACCCGAACGCGCAACGUUACAACGCGGUACAAUUAAGAAUGAUAUUUUAACGAUUGCGAAUCGAAAAAAAGACACAAAACGUAAUUAUUUCUCUCUCUCUCUCAUCGAUGAGAAAAGCCCGCUUCUUAUGUGUGUAUUGAUCUUUAUAAUUACAAGCGCGCGAAAAGCAAGUAUACAUGACACUAGUGCGACACAUGAACGCAAAAUGUAAUAAAACUCCAUCUUGCCUUCGAAAUUGCUACGAAAAGUAUGUCGAUGAGAAAGCAAGGAGCUCGACUCGUAUAAAACUCACCCUAGCGAUCCUGUAUUAUAUAACGAUUCUUCUCGAAUGAUUCUUUAAGCGAAACGACAGAAUCCCACAAAGAGGAUAUAUAAAUAAAGAAAUAAAAUUGAAGUAUGCAUAAUAAAAUAAUAAAAAUAAUUCUUUAAGAAUUCGCAAAAAAAAAGAAAUCAAAUUUUUGUUUUUUACGUAUUGGAUUUGUUCGUCGCGUCCCUGCGAGAAUUCACGGAGAAUUUUUAGUCGGGAUUUUUUUUUUGUUUCUUUUAGUUUGAGAACGUAGAAAAAUUUUGAGUGAUCGCGUGGAAUCGUUCGUAAAGAUACCCUAAAUAUAUACAAUUUUUUUAUUUAGCUUAGUAAACAAAGUUUUACCAGUAUGUAAUUACAUGUUUCUAAAACGAAUUCUUACGCGUUUUACACAUUUUUGGGCCGCACUAAGAUUACCGUAGAAAUUUUAAGCCGUCGAUACGUACUCGUGUACACAAUUCGUCCGUUUUCGAAAUGCAAAGUACCAUCGCGAAUAAUAAUGCGUCACCUAUGAAAUCAGAUCAAUACACAGUUUUAGAUUCAGAAUGCUAGGUGUAUUAUUACGAGGGACCUAGUAUUGGAUAAUAUUGGACGAGGAAAAGCCUUAGUAUGCUGAGGAGGAAUGAAAAAAAAUAUAUAUAUAUCAUAGUGAUACUUUGUACACUUAUCCACAUACGCAUAUACACACAUACAUACACGAGCGUAGUUAUCGACGACAUUCGUAAACCAAAUAACGACUGAUUUCGAAAAAGAUGUAACUCUUAGCUCAUAAGAAAUUGCACAGCGCGGCGUUCAUCCAAGUUCGGAUUUAAGUUUUUUAGUAUUAAUAUCGUCGACGGCACAUUAAACGGUCCUCUUUUUUUUCUUACAUUAUUAAAAGUAUGAGAUUAAAAUCUUCAUUUGAUUUGUCAACGCA